AUGGAUGUAGACACGCCACAACAACACGGCGUCUUGGAAACAGUACACGAUCAUCGAAAGUUGGUGGCGUUUGUACGCUUCGGGUCUCGAAAGAGCUGGUAUCAAGGAACCAGGAAGACACCGCCACUCUCCACUCAGAACGCAAUGCGUUCGACACCAUCGCUGUGGACGCUGGUCGUCCUCUUCUGCAUCCUGCUUUUCCAGACUCAAGCUUCACCUACACCCAAUGCCAUCGACGAUGACACCUACGAUUCACAUCAAGCAUCCCAGAGAACUCCUUCGAAGCGAAUGGUGCCAGAUUUGGGCGGUAACGGAGGAUCAUUGAUGCCCACGAUCCCUGGUAUGGGCAGCGGAGGAGGAACACUCAUGUCCAUGAUCCCUGGAAUGGGCGACGGCGGAGGUGGAGUAGUAGGUGGUGGUGGACCUCUUAGCGAGAUGAUGUCUAUGAUCCCUGGUAUGGGAGGAGGAGUUGGAGGCGGGCUGGGCAGUAUGAUCCCUGGUCUCGAAGGCAUGAUGGGUAGAGGUGGAGGAGACGCCAGUGGAGCUGGAAUUGGAGGAGCAGGUGGUGGCGCUGCUGGAGGUGCAUCCGAAGCUGGAGCUACCGGAGGUGCCAGUCCAGGCUCUGCUGGACAGUCGGGCGGCAGCGUCCUGAAACGAGACGGUUCUCGCUUUUCGAAGCUCACGAAGAAAUCGUCAAUGAUAGCCGGCGGUAGCGCUGGUGGCAAUGUAGGAGGAGCUUCUCCCAUGGCUGGAGGUGGCAGCGGAGCUUCCAGUGCAGGCGCAUCCUCUCCGAUGGCCGGCGGUACCAACAAGGCUGUCCCUUCUCCCCCUUCGAGCGGUGUAUCUAGCAGCGUUGUUGGCGGCGGCGAGGCAGCCGGCUCUCAAAUCUCAAGCAGCGCCAGCACCGGCGAUCAGACCGACGGCUUGAUGAACGACAUCAAGCAGAAGCACGACAGAUUCAUCCAAGUGAUGCAUGACCUUGCAUGCAGUCAUCAAAGGUUCGCCGACGUAAUUCGAAAGCUAGGUGCUGGAGAUAUGGGUAAGAUGUUCCCUGCACUCAAGCAGUUCAGCUGCGCUCAAGGCGGCCAAGCUGGCAGUGCUGCCGCUGGCGGUGCUGCUGCUGGAGAAUCGGUGACGGGAGAAGGUGCGGGUGUCAGCGCAUCUACUGGAGCCACCGGCGGAGAGGGAGCUGGAGAAAACUUCGGUGAUGCUGCUGGCGGAACAGAAGGUGGAGGUAUGGCUGGUGGUGCAACCGGAGGAGCGAAUGCUGGAGGAAUGCCUGUAGGAAUGACUGGCGGUGCAGCUGAAGCAGCGGGAGCGGGGGGUAUGUCUGGCGGUGCAACCGGAGGAGCGAGUGCUGCAGGAAUGCCUGGAGGUGCAGCUGGAGGAGCAGAAACAGCCGGUCUCGGUGGCGCUGGAAUUUCUGGUACCAGUGCUGGUGCUGCCGGAGCAGGAGGAGCCUACCAACCUGCAGCUGGUGGAGCAGAAACUGGGGCAACGUUCGGCGGUGCAGCUGGCGCAGAUCCUCCUGCUCCAGCUCGUCGAGGCAUGGUCAAACGAUCCGCUCAGCCCAUCAAUUCCGGCGACACUACUGGCAGUAGCGACGAUGGAAAGGUAGCCGGUCUACCUUCCGUCAGUCACGAACAGAUGAAAGCGCUUCUCGAGGCACUCGACAUGCGCAAAGACGGUCAAAAUGCCCGCAGCAACGGUGACGGAACGGGUGAGUAG